AUUGCGUUUCAGGAACAGAAAAAUGAUACGGACUCGAAGUAUUCGUUUCCUAAAAAUGAUUAUUCUUUUGGAAAUGAUGAUUUUGAACCAAUCGAUUGGGCAGCUGCAAAUCGUAACGCUGAGGAAUCUCGUAAAGCGCGAUGGGCAAAUGCUCCAAAACUGACAAAAGAUUUUUAUCGUGAAGAGUCAGAAGUUGCUAAUAUGACGAUGAAGGAUGUGAAUGAGUUGCGUCUUUCUAACAAUAACAUUACCGUUUCUCGACUCAUAACAAGUAAAGAUGAAAAGUUUGAUGACAUUCCUAAUCCAGUUUGGAAAUUCGAGCAAUGUUUUAAAGAUUAUCCUGAUCUUCUGGAAGAGAUUAAUAAACAGAACUUUACUGAACCCUCUCCAAUACAGAAGCAAGCAUGGCCUAUAUUAUUAAAAGGAGAAGAUUUGAUAGGUAUAGCCCAAACAGGCACAGGUAAAACCUUAGCAUUUUUGCUUCCAGCUCUGAUUCAUACUGAUGGUCAACCGAAACCUCGCAACGGUCCGAACAUAUUAGUACUGGCACCAACGCGAGAAUUAGCACUACAAAUAGAAAAAGAAGUAAACAAAUACUCGUUCCGUGGAAUGAAAGCUGUAUGUAUUUAUGGUGGCGGUAGUCGACGUGAUCAAAUUAAUGAUUUUCAAAAAGGUGCUGAAUGCAUUAUUUGCACACCUGGACGACUCAAUGACUUAGUUCAAGCUAAAGUUAUUGAUGUUACAACCAUAACAUAUUUAAUAUUGGAUGAAGCAGACCGUAUGCUGGAUUUGGGUUUCGAACCACAGAUUCGUAAAAUUUUACUUGAUAUACGUCCUGAUCGACAGACCGUUAUGACUAGUGCUACAUGGCCUGCAGGUGUUAGAAGACUCGCAGAAAGUUAUAUGAAGGACCCUAUACAAGUGUAUGUUGGUUCGCUCGAUUUAACAGCAACACAUACAGUAAAACAAGUUAUUGAAUUCGUAGAAGAAGACCAGAAAUUUAAUGUGGUCUUAAGAUUUUUAAAACGAUUAAUGGGAAGUGAUAAGGUUAUUAUUUUCUGUGGUAAGCGAACUCGUGCUGACGAUUUAUCCAGUGAACUUUGUUUGGAAGGCCUUUCAACACAAUGUAUACAUGGAUCACGUGAUCAGGCCGAUCGAGAACAAGCAAUUGCUGAUAUAUCGUCAGGUGAUAUACAGGUGUUAGUAGCUACAGAUGUGGCUUCAAGAGGCUUAGAUAUUGAUGAUAUAACGCAUGUUAUUAAUUUCGAUUUUCCACGUAAUAUUGAAGAGUAUGUUCAUCGUGUUGGUAGAACUGGACGCGCUGGGCGAUCCGGCACUUCCAUAAGUUAUAUAACACGCUCAGAUUGGGGUAUUGCAAAGGAUCUCAUUCGUAUUUUAGAAGAAGCUGGUCAAGAAGUUCCAGAAGAACUACAUAGAAUGUCCAACCGUUUUGACGAGAUGAAAGAAAGACGUGGUACAGAUUUUAAAAGGGGUGGUCGUUUUAAUCGCCGUUACUAAAUAAUACUUUUUUAAACAUAGUACGAAUAAUCACUAUUAAGAUUAACAUGGUAACAGCGCACCUUGAAAACAACAUUGCAUUUUGUUUUUCACAUUGCAGAGGUAACAUGUUAUUCGAUAAACAAAAUCGUAAAUAACCCUGUUUGAUUCGAACCGAUGAGUGUUAUACUUAAAAGAACGUUGAUCGUUAAAAUUGAAAAUUAAUUAACAAACUAUUUCUAAUGUUAUUAGUAUAGUAAUGUACAAUAAGA